ACAGUACAUUCUAUGGAAUAAUCUUUUUCCAGGACACCAGAUGUAGAUUUUGGAAUUCUGUUGGAAGCAGUGGUUAUGUAUGAUAGGCGUGUUGCUGCGAUAUUAAAUGAGAGUGAUUCCACUGAUGAAGGGGUUCUUUGGAAGGAGAUCUCUGAUGGAAAGCAGCUCUUGUAUGAUUGCAUCCAAGGCAAAGGACCUGAAAAGGAAAAAUAUGGGGAGAAGAUAAGACGUUUAAAGCUCAAAUGUGUUGCAUUCUGUACGAUGUGGUUUUCAGCUGAGGACUACCCAUUGCUUCUUGGAUCGGCAGAACUGGGUGCUUGUCUGCAUACUUCCUCAUCAGAAUUAGACCUUCCUAUGAAGGUCUUUGAUAUGUUUGGUUGUGGACUACCUGUAUGUGCUAUUUCCUAUUCAUGCAUUCAAGAACUUGAUAAAGUUGAGAAAAAUGGACUACUCUUUGCAUCGUCAUCAGAGCUUGCCAAUGAGUUAUUGAUGCUCUUCAAGGGAUUUCCUGAUGAAUGUAAUGCUUUGUUGUCUCUAAGAAAUGGUGCAUUGGAAACGAGCUCCUCAGCUAGGUGGGAUACCGAGUGGGAAGAACAUGCUAAGCCAUUGAUAUCUGAGGCAAGUUAAAUCCUUUUUCUAAAAAUAAGUUAAUCAAUUUAGAUUUUUAUUUGUGUUAUUUUUGCCUCAAGGUCAUAUAUAUUGAGCAUACGUUUAUUUCCUCAGUUCUAGUUAAUAAUUGGAAAAUGAUUUC